AUGCUGAAACCAGUAAUCAGUGAAGAUCCUCAGCUGUACUGGGAAAGAGACCUAGUAUAUUGUCAGCUACGAAUGCAUGACGCAAAUACUAUUUGUCAUGUUAAGGCCAUCCCUCACUAUAGGGAAGAAGAUAGGAAAGAGAUGGAAAGUCAAAUCCAAGAACUUCUUGAAAAGAAGUUAAUUAGGCCUUCAAACAGUCCUCAUCAUGCUCCAGCUUUUCUAGUAAGAAAUCAUGCUGAACAAUUAAGAGGAAAAGCUAGAAUGGUGAUUGAUUACAGAGAUGUGAACAAAAAGACCGUUAAAGACGGUUAUCAGAUAGCUCAGGUGAGAGUUCUCAUCAAUAGGCUAAAGGGAGCAAAAAUCUUCUCAAAGUUUGAUGCAAAAUCAGGCUUUUGGCAGGUUAAAAUGCAUCCUGAUUCCAUAGCUUUAAGAGCUUUUGGAACUCCUCAAGGGCAUUAUGAAUGGUUAGUUAUGCCAUGUGGUCUUAAGCAAGCCCCGUCUAUUUUCCAAAGGAAAAUGGAUAAUAUCUUCAGACCUUACUCAGACUUUUGCAUAGUUUACAUAGAUGACAUUCUUGUCUUCUCCAAAACUAUGAACGAGCAUUUAAAACAUUUUGAACAGGUGUGUAAGCUUAUUGUCCAGAAGGGAAUUAUCCUCGGACAGAAAAAGAUUCAUCUUAUUAAAGGUGAAAUUGAUUUCCUUGGCAUUCAUGUUAAGGAUGGAGAGAUUCGUCUCCAAGAUCAUAUAGUUAAGAAAAUCAGCCAAUUUCCAGACAAUAUCCCAGAUGCAAAGUCUCUACAGAGAUAA